UAUUCGAAAUUGAUGAUUUAAAAAGGAAAUGAAAGACAAACAAAACGUAACUUGAGAAAAGAAAAAUGAAGCAUCGCGAUAUUCCCUUCACUGCUUCUGAAAGUUUGCCGCCUUUUUUCGCGUUCUGUUUCUUUUUGGUUUUUCCAUUUCUUCAGAUUUUGAUUGAUAAAAAAAAUGAAAUUGACGUGAUAAUUAUUUUGGAGAGUGUUCGUGAUUAGAUUCCAUAAAAAUUUUAUUCGUUGCAAUUAAAAAUUGUACUUAUGGAUGUUAACGAGCUGAAUUUUUUAUUCGCAAACAUUACCAAACAAAUAAAACUUUGCGAAUGUGCGGAAACCUUCAAAAAGAAUGCAAAGGAUAGUGCAGAUAUAAAGAAAAAUGAUACUUCGAAACGCGACGAAUGUAAUGUUUGCAAGACCAAAAUCCCAGCACCUGAAAAAGAUCUGAUUCUUCGAAUGAAAUCAGUUUUUCAUAAAGCUCUGCAGGAAAUUGAUAUUGACUUGAAUUCUAUACCAACGGAUAACCUCGCAGAUGAUACUGAUUUCAAUGAAAAUUCGUACUACCAAGUCAAAUGUGAUUUAAAAUACAUGAAACGCAAUAACAAAGGUGAAACACCGCUGCAUUCUGCUUCUGGAAAGAAAAAUUUACAAUCUGUGAUCACCUUGUUACAAAAUAAUGCGAAUCCCAAUACGCAAGAUAACGCUGCAUGGACACCUUUGCACGAAGCUGUUUUCAAAGACGACUUGGCUAUUGCUUCAGAGCUACUGAAAGCGGGAGCUAUUGUCAGUGUACCUGGUUUAGAGUUUACUACACCUUUGCACGUUUCAGUGUCGCGUAGAAAUAUGGAAAUGACGAGACUCCUUUUGAAAUAUGGUGCUGAUCUAAGAAGUCGUGAUAUUAAUGGCAACACUCCAGAGCAAUUCGCUGAAACCGAAGAGAUGAAGUCGCUUUUGAAAGAAUACUCCAACUCUGAUAAAAGUUUAGAAUCGAAUAAACAGUUUCGAAAGAAAAUUGCCCCAAGACAGAUGGCCGUAUUUUUAACCAAAGCUUCUCUUCUAUCUACCGAGGAACGGAAUACUCUGGAGAACAAACUGAAUCUCAAAUUUUCAAACGAUUUAAAAGAAGCCACUCAUGUUGUUGUUGAACAUCUCUUUAAUAAUGUUUGUGAACCGAAUUUCCAAGCUCUGGAAGCUAUUCUGAUGGGAUGUGCUAUAGUCAAUGUGAGAUGGUUACGAGCUUGUUUGAGAAAACACAGAGUUGUCGAUUUCAGCAUUUAUGAAAUUAAUGGAACUACCGAAUUUCCCUGCCAUAACGGUCCCAGAUUAGCUCGAAAUAAUUAUCUGGAAAUGAACCCGCCAUUGUUCAAGGAUUACAAUAUUUAUCUGAAGAAAAUGUCCAACGAAGGAAACAUAAAAACACUAGUUUUGUUGAGUGGAGCAAAGCUUUUGAAUCGUGAACCUAAUCCUGAACAUUCGUCUACGAAUAAUUGCAUGUUUCAUUGUGAGCCAGGACAUGCAAUGGAAUGCACGUCGACAUUAAUAUUAUAUGAAUCUGGAAAUCGAGAACCUGCGCUGAAGUACAACAUGAAGCAUAUUAAAUCUCUACCUGUGCAAUGGUUUUUAGAUUGCAUACAGACUUUCAGUAUCAGAGAUCCUGACAUCAACUAAAAUAGAGUAGAAAUAGUCUUUCGUUACCGCAUCGAAUGUGUGUUUGUUCUUGUGAAUAGGAAAAACGAACCCUAAAUCCUAAUAUUUGUUCAUUUUAAUCAAAGACGUUCUAUGUAUUUGUGAGUUAUGUGUUUACAAAUCGUUGAAGUGAAUGAAUUUUUCUAUUAUUAUAAUUUUUUUUUCAAAUAAACGUAACUUGAACAUUU